AUGGUUCAUAUUAUUUCGUCAUUAAUCUUAUUUGAAGUUUUAAUUGUAAAUUAUGUAUUUGGUAAUGCACCAACAACUGGUGAGCAGGUAUUUGGAAUUCGUACAACAUAUCAUGGUGCUCAUGAAGCAGGUGCAUGCGCGCUUCCAAAAGCUAGUUAUGCUAUAAGUCAUCCAAUUGCAAUCGGAGAUAUCGAAUCCUUGAAAUAUUUCAAGUAUCGACCAGAAUUAUGUGGUCAUGUUUUGCAACUCGACUGUGGAAAUGGACCAUUAGACGUCAUUGUUGUGAACUCAAACCUGGGUCAAGGUCUCGAUUUAUACGCUUCGACUUGGAACAGACUCACUAAUCACAUGUCACCUGGAAUCACACAAUGUAGCAUACAGCUUAGUGCACGCAAAGCUUUUGACUUCGAUGGACCUCGUUGCUUUCACAGACCGGGAAGCGAUUCAAGUCAUAAUGAGUACUAUCGUUGUAUUGGACUCCUGAAUACCGGUGGACAAAUAGUCAUUAGUGCUACUAUAGAUGAUCAUCGUGGAAAAUAUAUGCAAUCCAGUCCAUACUUUGAGUUUACCUAUGGUCAAAAAAUUGAUGGCAACAAACAGAUUGUUUUUAAUUUGGCAGAUGGAACCACUCAUAAAGUUUACUUGCGUGAUUGUGAAAAUCAGUAUAACCAACAACUUUGGCGUUAA